CUGGUUGAGGAAUUGUCAUGAGCACGCCGGUACGUCUAUUGGAUGAACCUUUCACCACCGUAGUGGAAUGGGAUUCCCUGAAACGUUUGGACGGACUGUAUGCUUUCUACCACAAGUAUUGGUGGUGUCGAAGACAGAUGUUGGGUUACUACAAAUUGUGUAACGCCAUUCUCAACGGACUGGCCUUACUGGCUGUGGCAGCGAGUAUCGUCUUGAGAUCCGUGUGGAAAGAUGGGUACACGGUGGUAGGAUUGACGGCUUUGGCCACCUUACUGAAAGGAUGGAACGAUUUCAAGAAGUAUUCGUUCAAGAUGGACAUGGCCCAAUUCGCUUACACGACGUACGAAAAGACGCUGACAGAACUUAGGAACUACGCUCUGGGUGGAUUGGAGGAACUGGAUGGGUUUUUGACCAAGAUGCAAACGUUGGACGACGUGGUGACGGAUUUCACACCUCCCAUGUACGACCGAUACGUUCGAGACUACGAAAUACGAUUUCAUCACGUGCCACUAUAAAAAAUGACAUCACGGGAAGAGUCUUCAUUCAGAACCAACAUGCCCAAGAGGUCAAGGAGAAAGAAAGCGUCUUCGAGAAGACAUAGAACCAUCACUAAAACCAAAAGAAGACGGUACCAAAGGGGAGAAGGUGUUGUCAGUGUGGUGGCGGGUUUACCCAAGGCGGCUUGGAGUAUCACCAAAGGCAUCGGAAGCCUUAGAGCCAGACAAGAAGCGAAACAUACCAAAAGGAUGUUGGAACGGAUGAGACGAGGUGAAAAGUUUGAACACAAGGGCGAAGAGUUCCGAUGCUCUAUCAUGUGAAAAAAAAAGAC